AAGUAUAUAAGGUUGGGCGCUACCCUGGGGGGGAGGACACUGUAGUUGCGAGUUCGAGUGUUCUCAUCCAACCUAACCACCAAAGACAACUGAGCUAAAGAUGGCAUUUGCAGCCUUUCUUAAAGAAGCCGACAUCACUGCAGCCCUGGGCGCAUGCAAAGGUGCUGACUCGUUCGACCAUAAGGCCUUCUUUGCCAAAGUUGGACUCAAAGGGAAAUCUGGUGAUGAGUUAAAGAAGGCCUUUGAAAUCAUUGACCAGGACAAGAGUGGCUUCAUUGAGGAGGAGGAGCUGAAACUGUUUCUCCAGAAUUUCUGUAAGGGCGCAAGGGCACUGACCGAUGGCGAGACCAAGAAGUUCUUGAAAGCUGGCGACUCUGACAAUGAUGGCAAAAUUGGAAUUGAUGAGUUCACCGCCUUGAUUAAGCACUAAUCUUCAACUGACCAACAUAUCUGGCUCUGAAAGAACAACAUUGCCCAAGACCUCCCAUUUUCAUCUAAUAAAAUAUGAUUUUUAUAUAUGCUUAUGGAGAGAUUCCUCCCACGCAGCACAUUGUCCAAAAUGAUGAUUGUGUAUGUAGUGCGACUCAUGUCUUAAUAUAUAUAUGACUUUUGCUAACUGUAAAAUCUACAAUGCACUUUGCGAGUACGAACAAUAAGAAAAGAAUAAAUACUCAUUUACAAUA